GAAUUUACAAAAGUUUCAUAAUGAUGUGAGCAGCUCAAAAAUCAAUCACAUACUAUAAAUAUUGCUUCUCAUCAAAGUAGCAUAUCAUGGUCGAAUGAGUUCUUACAAUGAUCUGGCAAUAUUGUUAACUUUAUAGAUUUUCCUUCAAUUAAUUCCUCUCACGUUGCUGCUAAUGAGACGUCUAUGGCAGAACAAUGUUCGAUCCUUAUAUUUCAAUCUACACAACUAUGGUUAUUUCAAACUUUACGGCUGGUAUCAAUGAUGGAGCCUACAAAUGCGGUCCACUAUACAUCACGGUAGAAAGCACAGGAUUCAUACUUUUGAAUUGGGAUUUCAUGCUUUGUAAACUGAAAAAUCAUCCAGAUACGAUAACAUUUUAUACAUUGGACGAAAAUAACCAGAUAAAUGAGGAAACAAUUUCAACCAAAGGUAUAUUAAGGGGUUACCACAAAACCGAAAAGGCAUUUCCAACACCUUAUGAAAAAUUUCCCAUGGGGUGGAAUAUUGAUGAUGUACGCCAAGAAUUUGGGGCUCACUGUCUACCAUAUGUGAUAGAGAGUAGAAUAAUGAGCACAAUCAUAGAUCGUCGAUGCAUGAGAAUAUAUCCUUCAUGGAUGCGACACUUUGGAGAACUUCGACUAGGAGAAAUGAUUAUACCUGGGACCCAUAAUUCUGGUGCUUGGACAGGAGUACCACCAAUUUUGUUGGAUAAAUAUGUAUUGAAUCAAGAUAGAGACCUGUAUGAGCAACUUGUAUUCGGACAAAGAUAUUUUGAUAUAAGAGUGGGAAUCCUUGACAACGAGUUUCGAAUCACCCACAACUUGGUUCAGACAUCGUAUUUCGAAAAAGAACUAGACAAAAUAGCUAAGUUCGUUCAGAAAUCUCCAAGGGAGAUAAUCAUCCUGGACAUACAUAAAUUUAACAUACCGGUAGAGUUCUCCAAAGCGGAUCAUAUUCAAGUGGUUGACCUAAUAGACAAGAAAAUUGGAAAAUACAUCAUUCCCAAGUUUGCUAUAGGGGAACACAAGUAUGGCCCAAAAUUGAAAACUCUAAUGGCUUCUAAUAAAUCGAUCAUAGUGGCCUAUCAUGAGCCUGAAUUGGUUGAAAAACAUCCAUACUUCUGGCCGGCUAUCCACAGGGACUGGGGAAAUAAAAUAUAUGUAGAAGAGCUGAAGAACUACCUUAUAUCAGUAGCGCGUUCUAAAGAAACCGGAAAUCCUAUGAAAGUAGUAAUGGCAGAAAUGACGCCAAAUCUGAGAUACAUUGCCUUGAAUCCAACAAAAGGUUUAGGACCAUUGGCUGAUGAGGUGAAUAGAAAUCUCACCUUAUGGAUAAGGGACAACAAAUUAGCUACUGGCAUCAAUCUGAUUGCUAGUGAUUUCUUUUUAGGGAAUCGUCUUACAGAAUAUGCCAUAGGAAUCAACAUAAUUAAGCUGUUGAUGAAGAGAGAUGGAAUAGAUUUAUGAGAUGAGAUUGAUGAUUUAAUUGAAAAUGUUAGGGAAUAUAGACGAAAGUAAUAGAUAAAAUUAAUAAAAACUUACAUUGCUGAAAUUUAUUUAAAGUUGUCGAAUUUACAAUACAACUGACAAGAGUCAUUGUUA